CCCACAGAACCACAGCUCCCAGCAUGCCUCGCUCCCCACCAGUCUCGUGUGACGAAGCAAAUUCAUUCUCCAAAGAGAAAACUCCCGCCCCCUGGCCGUGCCGGCAGCUGGGACCGGCGGGGAGCUGGGCCGGGCGAGAGGGGCGCCAUGCCGUGGGGCAGCAUCGAGGUGGAGGCGAAGUUCACGGCUGGGCCGGACACGGAGGCCAGGCUGGUGGCGCUGGGGGCAGCCCUCGCCGGGAGCUCGUCCUUCCGUGACCUCUACUAUGACACCCCCGACCUGCGCCUGACGCGGGCCGACCACUGGCUGCGGCUCCGCCAGGGGGCCGGCUGGGAGCUCAAGUGCCCCCCAGAGCCGCCCGCGGGGGGCACCGGCGGCGUCCCAGAGGCCGCAGCCCAGGAGCCUCCCGCCGUGGCCACCACCUACCAGGAGCUGACGAGCCCCCGCGCCAUCGUGGGCCGGCUGUGUGGGGUGCUGGGCGUGGCCCCCGCGCCCGCCUGGGACCAGGUGCCCGGGGCCGUGGCUGGCCUGGACCUGCAGGAGUUCGCCAGCUUCGGGACGCGGCGCCGCAGCUACCGGCUGGGGGGCCUGCGGGUGGACCUGGACCAGGCGGAUUUCGGCUACGCCGUGGCUGAGGUGGAGGCCCUGGUGGGGGCCCAGGAGGAGGUGCCGGCGGCGCUGGAGGAGGUGCUGCAGCUCCGGCGGGCACUGGGGCGGGACGGUGCCACCCGUGUGCCCGGCAAGAUGAGCGUCUACCUCCAGCGGCAUCGCCCCCGGCACUACGAGGCGCUGCUCCGGGCGGGGGUGCUGGCCGGGGACCCAGAGCCGCCCCCCCACGGCGACGACACGGCGAAACGGGGCCCCUCCUAAGUGAUGGAACUGGCAGGGGGGCCGGAGGGCGAAAUGGGGCAUCCUAGUGCAGGGGAGGAUUGGGCAUAGAUGGGCCCCCUCUGCAGCACAGUGCCCGCUAGCACCAGGGGGGAGAGAUUGGGCAUAGAUGGGCCCCCUCUGCAGCACAGUGCCCCCUAGUGCUGGCGGGGGAGAGAUUGGGCAUAGAUGGGCCCCCUCUGCAGCACAGUGCCCGCUAGCACCGGAGGGGAGAGAUUGGGCAUAGAUGGGCCCCCUCUGCAGCACAGUGCCCCCUAGUGCUGGCGGGGGAGAGAUUGGGCAUAGAUGGGCCCCCUCUGCAGCACAGUGCCCGCUAGCACCGGGGGGGAGGGAUUGGGCAUGGACCGGCCCCUUCUGCAGCACAGCGCCCCCUAGUGCCAGGGGGAUUGGGCCUGGACCGGCCCCUCUGCAGCACAGCGCAGCGCCCCCUAGUGCCGGGGCGGAGGGAUUGGGCAUGGACCGGCCCCUUCUGCAGCACAGCGCCCCCUAGUGCCAGGGGGAUUGGGCCUGGACGGGCCCCUCUGCAGCACAGCGCCCCCUAGUGCCGGGGGGAUUCGGCCUAGACUGGCCCCUCUGCAGCCCAGCACAGCGCCCCCUGGUGCCGGGGGGAUUGGGCCUGGGCCUGGACUGGACCCUCUGCAGCCCAGAACAGCGCCCCCCAGCUGCAGCCCAUGUAAGGCUCCCAAGGUGAAAGAACACGCCUGUAACAGCAGGGCCCUAUGGGGCUGGCCCACGGCCGAGCGGCUCCCUGCAGUGUGACCCAUAGGCCUGGUCCACACUACAGCGUUAAAUCGAUUUAACGCUGUACCCGUCCACACUACAAGGCACUUUAAAUCGA